AUGCGCUCAUUCUUCCUCGUUGCCGCUCUUCCUUUCCUGGUCUCGGCCUGGAACGAGAACGUCCUCCUCGGCCGUGCAACCAGCGGCAACGCCACCCAGUGUGCCUCAGGCGAUAAAGUCUGUGGUGAAUUCUGCAUUCCCACCACCUAUACCUGCUGUCCCGAUCUGGAGGGUGGAUGUGCUGCCAACACUGAAUGUCAAAAGGGCGGCAACGGCGUCUACGGCUGCUGCCCGACCGGAAACACCUGCACUGGUGACGGUGGCUCUGAAUACCUAGACGAUGCAUCCUCAACCGACUCCUCCUCCACAUCAACCUCCUCAUCAGGGAGUGCCACAAAGACUGGGAGCUCCCUUAACGGCGUCGAUGCUCUUGUCCUGAACAAGGGUGUUGUUGCUGCUGCCGCCGCCGCCGGCUUCUUCUUCGGACUCUAG